UCGGUUUAGUGCAGCCCCGCCGCCGCCGCCGCUGCUGCUGCUGCUCGUCUGGAUUCGCCCUGCUGGAUCUGCGGUGGAUUGAUUGAUUUUUGGGGGUCUUUGGCCGAGCGGGAGGGGUGAUCUGCCCCGGCUCCUGUGCCUCCGGGGAGCUCUGCUUUGGAUUUGGGGAGGGGGGCGAAGCUUGGCUCUGCCUGCCUUCUCUCCCAUCCCGCCGCCCCCCUUUUUUCCCUCUUUCUCCAGACCCGAACUUGAGAUUCAUCGCAGCGGGGCUGGUGUCCUUUUUUUUUUCCCCCGUCUUUUUUUUUUGCCCCCCUCCCCGUUUUUCUCCUCUUUCUGGUCUUCUUUUUCCUCUCUCCCCCCCCCCCAAAGAGGGGCGCCGUUUGUCAAGGUCACUGUGGAUUUAUCUUUGGGUUUUUGCCUGCCUCUGGAUGUGGAUUGCCCCCUGGGUGGCUUUCUCCUGCCUUAGCUUGGAUCGCCCCUGGCUCUCUUUUCCAGGGCUGCUGGAUUAGCUUUCUGGGCUCUCUCCUCCUUUGGCUGCCCUUUUGGUUCCUUUGGAUUUCAUGAGCCAGAAGAAAAAAGCAGCUCCGAGCCAGAGAAAGAGGCUGCUGGAUCCUACAAAAAAAUCCCAAUAAGACUGAAUUGUGUGUUUUGGGGUCUUAAACUCGGCUGGCUUUGGAAAUGGAUGGCAAGAUCAGACAAAGCAGGAAAUCCCGAUCCCAAAGGGAUCGGGUGAGGCGCAGAGACCCCAACGGCAGGGAUAGACUUCACCAAAGCCCCUCCUCAACCUCCGAAAGGGAAGCCAGUCCUGGCAAAGAGAAUACAAGCCAAAGUGGUCUGCUUCCCAAGAGCCAGGCUUCUGCGGGCAGAAAUGCCAGACCUCCGAGGCGGCGGAGGCGGGAAUCCAGUUCCCAGGAAGAGGAUUUAAUUGAUGGAUUUGCCAUCGCCAGCUUCAUCACCAUGGAAGCCUUGGAGAAGGACAUGUCACUGAAGCCUCAGGAGAGAAAAGAAAAAUGGGAGAGACACCCAGGGAAGAAACUUCGGGAAAGCGAACAUUGCGUCUCAGCCGAACCGAGCGAAAACGGGCACAGUAACGAUGCCGGCAGUUCGGGGAGAGAAACGGAUCGAGGGAAAGAGAGAGUGAAAAAGAAAAUCCCGCUGAAGGUCCAGAAACAGAUGAAGAUCCCAGCGAGACGGGGUGGCAGGAACAGUGAAGAUGACAGCAUCCGGGAAGCCACCAGUUCCCAGCUAAGUAGCUCCAGGGACUGCCUCAGCGAUAGUUCUGCUCAAUCGUUGUCCGGAAAGGGCUAUUCGUGCGACAGCGAGAGUGAUAUUGACGAUAAGAAUUCAGCGGACCUGGAGCUACCUCAUAUCAGGAGCGGCUUGGUAGCGAACAAGGCAUCAGAAGGAUCCGAGAAGCUGUUUUCCCCUCCAGCAACGAAAGGUCCCACCUCGAAUGACAAGGCCGAAACAAAAGCAGGAAACAUCCCUAAAGUGUCUGGGCUAGAACGCAGCCAGGAACUGAACACAGACGUGCCCUUUGUUCUACCCCUCUCCAGCCCACCACCUGCCACCACAGUUGUGACGUCCAGCUCUUCUGUACUCACCUCAAGCACUCGGCCUAGCCCACUGUUGAAAAAGGAGCCGUUGAUCCCAGCACCAGCACCUCCGAGGCUCACCCCUCAGCCACAGCCUCGGCCUCAGUCGCAACCUCAGCCUCGGCCACAGUCACAACCUCAGUUGUUGCCUGAGCUUCGGACACAGUUGCCAAGUCAUAUCCCUCCUCCUCUCGGCUACCAAGUUCAUCACCAAGUGGCCCACAACGGACUCAAUAAUAUCAGCAGAAGCAGCAGCGCCAGCAGUGCCACAAGCAUUAGCCUCCCCAAGCAUCUUUCUCUCUCCCCGCAGAUCCCGCCCCACCACUCCUCCGGCCCCGUGGUGCCCCUUUCCAUCUCCAACCUUGCCGCUUCACACUUCCCUCUCCGCUCACAAUCCCAACAUCAGCACCAUCCGGCCAUGUUCGCCCCCCCUCCCACGCUGCCGCCCCCACCUCCAGCCUUGCCCACCAACAGCCUUGUGAUCCCAGGUCACCCUGCAGAUACCAGCCUGUUGAUAUCAUUCAACCAACCAAUCAUGUAUUGCCAGCCUCAUUCGGGGAUUCUGAUUGGUACAUUGUCACAGGCAUCUCUCUUACCUCCACCAAUGAGUUCUCACGUAGAAAACCAUCACAGCAUGACGUGCAGAAAUAGGGAAUGCCAGUUCGACAAGUACGCUCCCAAGCUGGAUAACCCUUACUUCCGCCAUUCCAACUUCUUUCCAAGUUACCCCCCAAAUGUGCCAGGAAUGCCUUCCAUGCUCCCCCACCCAGGUCCUUUUGGAUCCCUCCAAGGAGCAUUUCAACCCAAGACUUCGAAUCCCAUUGAUGUGGCCAGCAGGCCUAGCACAGUGCACCACACGCUGCUGCAGAAGACACCUGGGGUGUCUGACGCCUAUCGGGCUCCUGUACGAGUAAGUAAGAAGCCUGGAAAAUGGUGUGCAGUCCACGUGCAGAUUGCUUGGCAGAUCUACCAUCACCAACAGAAGAUCAAGCAGAUGCAGCUGGAUCCCCACAAGCUCGAAAUCGGCGGAAAACUUGACCUCUUCAGCAGACCGCCAGCUCCCGGAGUCUUUCCUGGUUUCCAUUAUUCUCAAGAUCUUGCCCGACCCCUUUUCUCCAGCACAGGGUCUGCUCAUCCGAACUCCACUCCAUUCGGAACCUCGCCUCAUCAUAGCAGCUUCCUGCCCACCAGCCAUUUGGCAGGUAGGUAUCCGUUUAGCAGGUCAAGCACCUUCAGCGGCCUUGGAAACUUAAGCAGCAAUGCCUUUGGCGGAUUAGGCAGUCAUACUUUGAGUCACAGCAGCCUCUUUGCUCACAAAGAUGGACCGGCAGUCCAGGGCUUCAGCAGCCCCCACGAGCCCUGGAACCGGCUGCACCGGACGCCACCCUCUUUUCCCACACCGCCUCAGUGGCCCAAGCCAGGCGACUCCGAGCGCAGUUCCUCCGUGACGAAUCAUGACAGGGACCGAGACAUUGAAAAGAGGGAUCUUUCCUCAAGUAAAGAAGAGAGAGAGAAGGAGAGGGAUCUUCUGGAUAAAAGUAGGCACUCGAACCGUUCCUCGCCCGCUUCCGCACCCGUGACUCACCAGAUCAGUAACCUCAUCCGUAGCAACAGCCAGGCUGCAAGCGAUUCUAUCCGGCAAGUUGCCCUCCUCGACCGAGACAGAUCGAAAGAUCUGGAGAGAGAGAUUCCUGACCGGCUCAGAGAUCCUCCUCCGGUGGCAGACCAGAAGAUCAAAGAAAGCCGCUCCCCUGUGAAGGAACCUCCAAGCCAUGAAAAGAGAUCCCUGGAGGACAACACCAAGCCGGUAAUCCAGUCGGUCUCUCCAUACAGCAAACCUGCCUUGAGCGAAAGCUUGAAACUCAGCAACCUGAUGAACAAGGACGUGGAGAGAAAGCCAGAGCUUCUGACGGACCUCCAGAAGAUCAAGAACGACAUCAAAGUCAAAGAAGAGCGUAAAGAGGAAGGUGACGUCUUGGUUGUGAGUUCAGAAUCUUCACAGCAUCCGAGAGGCACCGAGCACCCACCACCCCCUUCUUUGCACGGGUUACCCCUGCCCCACACCAUGGCCACCACCAUGCCCAUCUCCAUGGGCAGCGUCCAUCAGAUGAACACCAUGAACGUUCUGGAACGUAGCCGGAUGAUGACCCCGCUCAUGAGCAUGAACUCGCUCACGGGACGGGAGAGGCUACCCCACCCAGGGUUCUCCUGGGACCCCAUGAGGGACCCCUUGCGCGACGCCUACCGGAGCUUAGACCUCCACCGCCGGAUGGACUUCCAGCUCCGAGCAGAUCCCAUCCAUAGGUUUCCCACCACUUCGGGAUUUUACGAUCACGAGCGCUCCUACCGAGACCGCGAGCCUCACGACUACAACCACGAGAACCUUCUGGAAGCCCGCCGGGAACAGGAGCGGCUCCGGCAAGCGGAAGAGAGGGAGAGGUUGCACUUACGGGAAGAACUCGAGCGUGCCAGAAUGCACCACUUGCACACGUCCCCCAUCGAAAGCCACCUGGCCCACAUGCCUUCCUUCAUGUCUCACCUCAGCAGCAUGCAUUACCCCAGACUCAGCCCUUCGGCCGCCAUGCACAACGGGAUUUUGAACAGGAACCCGCCCACCGCCGCGCUCAGCGCCCCGCCCCCAUUGGUCCCAGCUAGUAGUACGAGACCCUCCUCCCCCCGUCGGACUACGCCACUCACGAACCCGGAAUCCCGGGAUUAUUCCCCUUCUAAAAAUCCCAAAGAAGUCGAAGCACGAUAAUUCCUGGCCCCCCCACCUACCUGCAGGAUGAAUUUUUUUUUCCAAACUCACCUGUGAAAUACAGGAGGACGGGGGGAAGCACCCACCCACCCAUAUUUUGUUUUGUUUUGUUUUUAAAAUGCACUGCUGUAAACUUUUUUUUACAACUGUAAAAAUUUGUAGAAAUGAAGCACAGUUGCAAAAGCGAUGGAGGGGAGGGGACUGGGGGAGGCGUGGAAGGGGGCGUCCGAGGUUAAAAAUCUUCUGACUGCACGGUUGCUGGAAAAAAACAUGGAAAUUUUAAUAUAUAGGUCUUGAUUUUUUUUUCUUGUUUCCUGGUUUUAUUUUUUUCUCCCUCUUUGCUUCUGUGCUGAGUUAAACUAUUAUCAGGUUUUUGUGUGUAUGUAUACAUAUAUAUAUAUAUGUGUGUGUGUGUGUGUGUAUGUAUAUAUAUAUACAUAUAUAUAUAUAUAUAUAUAUAUAUAUAUAUAUAUAUACACACACAUACAUAUAUAUAUAUACAUAUAUAUAUUGCCCCAAAUGCCAGGAACAUUUUUAAUGAAUGUAUUGUUUUUUUUAAAAAAAAAUUGUGCUUUUUGUUCACACACACACACACACACACACAAAGAAAAGAAAAAAAAGUUUUGUUUCUAGUUUAAAUUUUGUGGCCUCAGAUCCUUAAGUAAAAAAAAACAAAAAAAACCAUCCAGGGUUUCUUAAAAGUAUUAUUUAUGGAGAUAACUGUAAUUUCAUACAGUCCACUGUGAGGUUCCUGAAUUAAGGCCACGGUUUCUCUGGUACUUUGAAAUUGAAGUUACAGAUAUAUAUAUAUAUUAAAAAAAUAAUUAAUAAUAAUAAUAAUUAAUAAUAAUGUACAAAAACUGUUUUGUUUUUUGCCUUAUAUUAUGGAGAAAAAUUAGAAUUUUUUUUUUGACUUCUUGUUUUAAAAACAGCAACAGAAGAAAGCAACAUGUAAAUAUUCUGUUAAUAUAAAUGUACACCAAUAUUGAAUUCUUAACAUAGGUAGACUUUAUAAAAAAAAAAACGGUUU